CCCCGGAAGCGCUCCCGCCGCCGCUCGCGGGAACAUGGCCGAGUCGCCGGAGGAGGUGGCGGUGCUGGUGCAGCGGGUCGUGAAGGACAUCCGCAACGCCUUCCAGCGGAACCCACACAUAGAUGAAAUUGGAUUAAUACCCUGUCCUGAAGCCAGAUACAACCGAAGCCCUAUUGUCCUAGUGGAAAACAAGCUUGGUGUGGAGAGCUGGUGUGUGAAGUUUCUUUUGCCAUAUGUCCACAAUAAACUUCUUCUCUACAGACAGAGAAAACAGUGGCUGAACAAGGAUGAGCUGAUAGAUAUCACGUGUACCCUGCUACUGCUGAACCCUGACUUCACCACUGCUUGGAAUGUAAGGAAAGAAUUAAUACGGUCCGGCACUUUAAAUCCACUUAAAGAUUUGCAUCUUGGAAAACUGGCGUUAACCAAGUUUCCAAAGAGUCCAGAAACAUGGAUUCAUAGACGGUGGGUGCUGCAACAACUAAUUCAGGAAAACUCCUUGCCCAGUCUUGCAACUAAAGGAAACUUGGGAGCAGCGCCUGUGGAGAGAAUUCACCGACUAGUGCAGGAGGAAAUGAAUGUCUGCUCUGAAGCUGCUGGGAGAUAUCCAAGCAACUACAAUGCCUGGUCCCAUCGCAUCUGGGUUUUACAGCAUUUGGCAAAGCUCACUGUCAAGGUUCUCCUCGAUGAACUUUCAUCCACUAAAUAUUGGGUAUCCAUGCAUGUCUCAGACCACAGUGGGUUUCAUUACCGCCAGUUCUUACUCAAUUCCUUGAUACGCAGAACGGUGACUGACAACAACGUAUUGGUACAAAAUCAAAUGGUAAAUGAACAAAACCCGAGCCUUCAGAAGGAGGAAGAGAGUGCAGGGACAGAAGCUGCCUGUGCAGAGGAUCAAAGCGUGGAUCUCCCCCGCCGUUUAGAUGAAGAGAUGGAACUCUGCAGUGAACUGAUUGAUAAUUACCCAGGGCAUGAAACCUUGUGGUGUCAUAGAAGGUGUGUAUUCUACCUUCAACAGCACUUAAGCAACAAACUUCCUCUCCUGAGUGCAGUGGUAUCAUCUGUGGACAGCAGUGAUGAAAGUCUGAAUAAUUCCCACCACAGUCCUACAACAAGUCACAUGUCUCAAGCUAUGGAUGUUGAUGGUUUGAAUGAAUCCAGCAGCAAACAAAGUUAUACCCAAGAAACAAAACGCCUGAAGCGUGCUCCUGUGCAGGACUCUCUUGGUCCAGAAAUGGAAUACCGGUUUGUUGAUAAAGUAUUAUCAACUUGUAGGGAUGUGGACCAAGCCAGGUUUGCUACUGCUUAUAGAAAAUGGUUAGUUACUUUUUUGGGUCAGUGAAGGAGGUGUUUAGAGCUUUCAGGGUUCUUCACUUAGUGCAAUAUUCUCUUUUCAGACACAAUGCAUGUCUUGGUUGCAAGUGUUAGCUAACCCUGUGUUUCUCUCUCUUUUGAUGGUCAGUCCUAAAGCUAAAUUUCAGAGUAGAAGUCUGUCACUUUAUUAAAGAACUGGCAUAUGUUUUUAUUAAGCAAAUGCAGUUUGUUACUUAAUCUCAGUAAGAAAUCACUCUUAUCAGCUUCCUACUAUGAUAUUUUCUUUUUUUUUUCACUUCUGCAUUAAGGUGGACUGAAUCAUUUGACUUUAAAAAAAAAUGGAGGUAAAAGAAAAAAAGUUUGAAAUGCUUGUGCAACAGAGUGUCUGAAAAAAGAAUGGGAAAAUCUGUCAUAUCAGCUAAACCCGUUCCCAGUUUGUUCCUGUGUAGCAUCAUGCUAAUACCUUAUUGGAUCCAGACUAUGUUCACUGACUGCUAUUAUUUUUGUAUAGCAGUCUUUGGUAGAACACCAGAAUACGGUGUUUCUUUCUGAAGGCUCCAGUAACAGUUUUGGAGCUGUCAUGCCUUUUACUGUUUUAACUGGGGUUUUGUUUGCUUACUAAUUGUCAUGCUAACUUGAUAGGAAGGUCUAUAAGGUUGAAAUCUUGAUAAGCAGAUACAGAAAAAUGUGGCAGAAGAUAGUUCAAACACGUGUUCACCCAUAGUCAGAGCUGCAUUUGGCUGUAUUUGGAAAUAGUUUUCUUAAAACAGACCACUUUACUUUCAUUUCUUACUUGGUGUUUAUUUAUUUAUUUAAUCUCAGCAAUCCAGAAUUAAUCACACUUUAUACACAUUUCUGAAUGUCUUAUUUACACUACAGAUUCUCACCAUGCUAAAUCACACAUUGGUAUUUUGUACUUAAUGAAAACCCUACAAGUCCAAUAUUGGAUGGAGUAAAAAGUAGCUCUUCCAACUGAUCAUUGAGACUGUACAGUUAAAAAAAAUGACAGCAAGAGGAAGGAGCUAACUCUUCCCUUCUGUUCUUUUGGAGAGCAGUUUCUUUGAUUUCUUUUUUUUUUUUUUUUUUCCUUUUUUUACCCUUAAGGAAGAACUCUACUCCAACCACACAUCUCUGUUUACAUAACAUAAGUUUUAAGGGAAUUUGAAAUCAAAUAUGAGUGGUGUAUUUUGUCAUUUCCUUAGAGCUUGUCUGUAAAAGGGAUUUUUUACACUACUAGAAUUGUGCUGGUCCACAGACCCCGGGAAAACAUUCUACAACUGUAGAAGUCUAUACAAUGGCAACAUUGCCUCUUUUAAAAGCAGACCAUUCUCUGGGGGUAGUCUGGGGGUGUCCUUGCCAUAAUUGCUUUAUUUUUCUCCUGCCCCAAAUGCCUCUUAACCAUAAGUUUCAAGAUGCUGUUUCUAUUGGGCAGAGAGAGAAACAAUGAGGGAGGAAAAACCACAGGUAGCCUAUUCAAAAUGUGUCACUUUGAAUCAAAAAAGCACUUGAAAUGUGAAGUUCCUGUACUUCUAAGUAGUUUGAUGAAUGGAGUUUAUUCUUGCAUUUCAAAUUGAAAACAGACCACUUGCAAUCUUUGAGAUUAUGUUCAUUAUUCAUUUCAGGCACAAAGUGGCUAACAAUGACAUUUCUAAAUGUACACUGUUCUGUUUACAGUACAUAGAUAAGACUGAUCUAGGCUUAAGCAUCUCCAUGUCAAAGCUUUGUCUCAGAGGGCAUCCACACUUGCCUCUCCAUAGGUAUGGAUGUAUUAUGUGGUCGUUAGCUUGGAGGUGCUAUGGGAUGCUGUGAUGGAUUGGUUGAUAGUUUUAGUUGCAGAAGAACAUAAUUGUUGUCUGAAGGAGGUGUGGGAUUGGGCUUGAGAGGAUAGUUUGUCAUAAGAUGUUGCCUCAGUGAUUACUGACAUGGAUAGGUUCAAGUACAAACAGGAGUCUGAAAUUAAGAACUUGAGCAAGAACUUUUACAUGUCCAAGGGACCUGAUGUUUAUUGAAUGUGGAUGAUGCAUUAAAGUAUGUGUAGUAGCCUCGGUCAGCUUGAUUAACAGUAUCCCAUUAAAGUGUGAAGUCAAGGGGACAAUGUAUUAAAGAUCAGGUUCUUGGUCCUAAGUUACUUAGUAUUUGUGUUCUGUUUACCUUGGCAAAAAUUACCUGUUUAUGAGAAAAAUAUUAGUGGUAGGAGCAAUCUCGGAAGUGGGAGUAUAAGAAACAAUUCUUAAACUGUCUCUCCUUGCACGGGAAUGACUGAGGCUUUCAGAAGAAAAUACUAAUAUUAUACUCUGACUUGAAACUCAUUAUAUAGUUCUUCCAGACUAAGAUCUGGAAUCUUAGUUAGCAUUCUUAGAGCUGUACUGUGGAAGUUCUGUGCUUUUGAACUUGACAUCAUAAACAUUGAAAUAGAUGCCCUCAUAUACAUGUGUGUAGUUCCUAUUGAUGUCAGCAAAAGUGAUGCUUUCUUGUAGGACAACAAGAUUUGGUCCUAUGUAACUGAAUAGAGUUUGCGUUGAAUUCUAGUACUUGGAACUAAGAGUUUUAGAGCCCUGAUUAGAGAUGGUGCUGAAAUUCUUACUACUUUUGAAAAACACUGAUGGCUGUAGUAUAACUCAUAAGUGUAGGUUUUUUAAAGUCUGCACCCAAUGGAAAUAUUCCACUGUACUCUAUUUUUUAAAAUCCAGUCAGAAUAGUUACAUUUAGAAAUGUUAGCAGGCCUGAAAACUAAACAUUGAAAUUGAAACAAGUCAUAUCUUUCUGUUUGAAAGAAAUGCAAACAGUAAGUUGUUAAAUUUGAGCUUUAAUUUUUUAAUGGUAACAAUAUAUAUUGUAUGAAAAAGGAAAAUAAUAUCUAAAUUGCUUCAAACUGUCAGUGUCCUGAAGCCUCAUGCAUGCAAUGCUUGAAGAGAUGCUGCUAACAUACUGCAUUAAGCUCAAAGCUGAUGGGAAGUUCUGGAACUAUGAUCUUUGCAGCAUACCUGUCUAAUCGCUUGGUGUUACUGCAGAGUCCCCUUUGGACGCUGCUUAAAAAAACAGAAAGUGGCUUUAGGCCGUUGGUAGUUAACAUACAAUGAGCACGGCUGCUUUACAUAAGGCAUUUCAGCUGUUUUGUGUUUCAGAGAUCAGAGACUAAAAAUCUAAUUGGUGAAUAUUCCUGCAGAGAAAAUGUCCAGCAGAAGCUGCAGAAUACAAGGCUCUCACUCUCUGAAGUUUCUUCAAAUAUAAAAUCAAACUUUGUACGUCUUUAAACAUCUUCAUGUAAAGUUCAGCAUCUUUCCUAAUUUUGUCCUCUCCUGUAGUAUGUGUUAUUUGAAUGGAUUCUUUUUGUUCACUGGAUUAGUCUUUGUAAAAAUUUGUUUGUACUAAAAACAAAGGGUUUUGAGGAACAAAUGUAAUUUGAAACUACAGAAUUUGGAAUAGAAAUCAUGUUUUUAAGUGGUAAAUUCUCAGCUGCUAAAUGCAGUAACUGUUAUUUCACUGGCAUUUUGUUUGUCUUGUGUGUUACAGUCACUGGAAAAACACGCAGCAUUAAAGAUAGCUACAAUAACAAACUUGUAUGAAGUUAUUGGAACACAUUGUUAUAGCUGCUCUGAUUAUUAUUCUUAAUGUACUCAUGGCUGCAUAUUUGUGUUUUAUUGACUGCUUACAUAUUCUUUAUACAACAAAAUCCAUGUGUCAUUUAAAUAGGGGAUAAAGUAACUUGUCGGUUUAUACUAUGAUUAAUUACCUUGUAUGUCAUUUGCUUUAAGGCAAAUAAGCAAAGUGAUAAUAUAGUGAGAAAGCUUAGAUUUUUGUCUUACAAUCAAAAUUUCUGGCAUUUCCACUUUUGUUCUAGUGCUGCUUAAUUAGAAUGUGUAGCUAGACUUUAUGGAUGGAAGUGAUUUUUUUUUACUAAGUAGAUAGUUAAUGAAUUUUUAAAACAGUACUGUAUAAUACUGAUGAACAGAAACAAAGUGUUUUGGAAAGGUUUGUCUGCCUAACCAGACUCAAAAAGCAUACUUUUCCAAAAAUAUAUUACACUGAGCAAAAUGUGAGUACCAGAGAAUGAUUUCAUUUGUGAGUCUUUAGAGACUGGAUGGUUGAAUAUUUGGACAAGUUGUUGUUUGUUUAGUUUUGUUUUACCUUUUGUAAGGGAGGAGUGCUUUUUUUUUUGUUUGUUUGUUUUUUUUGUUUUUGUUUUUUUUUUUUUGUUUUGUUUUGUUUUUGUUUUUUGUUUUUUGUUUUUUGAAUCUAGUAGGAAGUGAACCAUUGCACUUAAAAUGUGGGGAGAAAAUCCCACAACUGCUGAAUUGUAUCUUGUAGAGCAAUUUUGGAAAAAGCAGUGAACUGACACUGAAACGUAGAUGUCACUUCUAAAUGCAUCUUUGCACUUACUGGGUGAUGAGAGAUAUGUGUAAUUAGCUCUUACAGCUUUAUCAGUGUCAAAUACAAAGAAAAGGGUGUAACUCACCAAUUCUCAAAUGCACUUAACAUUCAGUUUAGUUUCUAAGGAAGUUCAGUGUCCCUGUCUAUAAUUUUCCCUUUGUACACAGAGGUAUGUUUCUUCUCAGCCUCUUCUCUGUUCUUCCAACCAGCAAAGAAGAAUGUAGCAAAGCAUUGGUGAGGUGGCCUGAUUUUGUGUUUGAGUAACUGACUACCUCCCAAAUAGUUCUUUGACUGAUGUCCUUAAGUGGAGUUCAUCAGGCUUGGUUAUUUCAGAACCUCAUGCUAGGCCUAUAUCCUCUUUCAAAUGUGAAAAGCAAGAGCUUUAUCAAUGAAUCCAUCAGGUUUUCCAGGGAGAGUUUGAAGGAGAAAGGAAAAAAAAAAUCUUGUAGUUAAAGCUGGAAAAACUAGAAUUAGCAUGAAUUUUCAUUAGCCUUUUCCUCUGAAGAAGCAGCUCUGUUGCUGAAAAAUGGAGGAAAUAUGCUUCCAGGGAAUUCCAUAUAUGAUGCUUUUGAACUGCAGACCUGACAUUUCCUAGUGGCUUAGUGUGUAAUGUUACUUCUCAGGGCAUAGUCUAUUGUAGUGAAUUAGGGUGCAUUUUUACAGUUUAUAAUUAUUGAUUAAAAAGAAAAAAAAAUUAAAUGUGUAAUAACAGGCUUCUAAUUUUAUUUUUUUUUUGUCUAGUGUAGUAUUUUGUAAUCUACCCAUAUGCCAACACUGUACCCAGUAAUGAACAGUAGACCUCACCAUCUCAUCUGCUUCAUAAUGUUAAUCUUUAUCUUGAAUUGCUGUUGCAGUCUUGCAGGAAGCUCUUGACAGUUGUUGGAUUUAUUCUCUGAGUUUCCUAGUAGUAUUCAGUAGAGUAGUUAGUAUCUCAAAGUAUGUUGUAAGCAUGGGGAAGCUUUUUACAGCACCUGUGUUGAUGCACCGUAGGUCUUAGAUUCAAUAUUUUAAAACCUUUUGUUAGGAUUCUGAAUGCUAAAUCUGUUUUGAUGGCUGUCAAACUCUUACAUGCAGUUGUUCUGGAAAACAGGACUCUUAACUUAAGUCUGGUUUGUUAAACAUCUUUAUCUGCACCACCUGGCACCUGCUGUACAUCUUACUGUAUAGACAGAGGUGGGGAGGACACACGGUAAGGUGCAUAUUUUUUUCAUGGGACAUUUUCUGAAUGGAAUAUAAUUAUGGCUUAACAAAGAGCUUUUCUUGGAUGAGGUACACCUGUCUGUUCAUUGUGAAUAAAGUUAUUAAAUUGGUACAUUAUUAUUAUGUUAAGCUUUCCUGAGUGGUGCAAGUAAUGAGUAGAUAAAAGGAAUGUGUUUUUUUAAACCUGUUGUUAAAAAAAUCACAUAAAGGAUACGAGGUACUAGAAUUUGUUUUCAGAAAGCAAAAUAUUAAUUCCUUUUUGUACCAGUUUUUCUCUUUUGAAAUGGCUACAUUUAAUACUGGGUAGUCAUCCUGAAAAGUGUGCUUGGGAACACACUUUACUUCAUAUAAUCUCAUUACUUUCAUAUAAUCAAAAUUAUAGAUGUCUUAAAUAUUUUUAAGUAGCAUUAAGAUCCAAGGUAGUGACAGCACUACGGUGUUCAAGUGAGCCAAUAAACUCUAAUUUUGUAACACCAUCAUGUUCAUCAAAGUACUAUUCUAUGUAGGGAAAUGUUUAUUUUAAAAAAGAUAUGUGCAAAAAUAUUUAAUUCUCAUAGCUUUCUUAUUAGGGGGAUAUACAACUAGUUUUAAACAUAAUAUUUUGCAAUAUUUUUUCUAUGAAAAAUUCUCAGAUGCACAGUUGUGGCCAUUGUAAAUUUUAUGUAGAUUUCCAAGAUAAAUUAGAUAAAUAAUAAAUUUUGUAGCAGAAAGAUUAAAAUUAUGACAGGACAGUAAGACACUGGAAAGUAAUCUGCUAAUAGACCAGUGUUCUACAGGAUUGUGAAUGUAAAGCAUAAAGUUUGUUUUUCACAGGUCUUACUUUGUCAUAGGAUGAAUUCCUGUCAGAUGGGGAUUAUUUUCUUCUUUUAUUUUUUUGGUAAUCAGUAGAGAAUUUAUCUGUGAAUAAAUUAUCUAUAUUUAUUCUCCCACAAUAAGUGUGCAUGUAUGUGUGAGUGGAUGGAUGGUAGAACUGUAUUUAUGUUCUGUGAAUACUGCAAAAAUCACCCACAUCUGGCUCUCUGCUAACAGACUCCUCCAUGGAUGACCUGUCCUGAGUCUGAGUCUAGCAGGAUCAGUGCCAGGUUGUCUGCUGAAAGCAGUGAGAUUUAUUGCUUCCCCUUUGUCUUAAUCUGCCUGAUUAUCAUGAUACUUGGGCAAAUGCCUACACACACCAACCACAUCAUUAGUGGUGGUGUUUAUUCCAAGUGCUUGUAGAGAGUAUUUGAGACUGUGAAAGCGUUUGUAAGGUCAAGCUGGGAAAAAUUUGGGGGUGCUCAGUCAAUACCCAGGGGAUACUUUUCAUGAGUCCUCCAGAAAGGAAAUGGAAAUCCAAAUGUUUUGGAUGACUGCUUUAUCAUCACAGGAGACUGAGAGAAGUGUAACCAGUGACUUCAAUUGGUAUUUAAAUAAAAACAAGUAGUCUCUUUGGUACUUUGUUUUCAGUAUUUUUCCUGUGUUCUUUUUGUAAAAAUAAAUCACAUAAAAUAUUUUCAGAAUUACUCUUCAUUUUGCAUGUCUUUUGAUUUUGGAUUAUUGGAUUUGAGAGCUUUCCUUAAAGGAAGCAGUUUUACUGGAAAAUACUAGCACCUUUCCUGUUUCCUCUUAGUGUGAUUCAUUCCAAGUGUUCUAAAAUGAGCAGCUGAAAUCACAGGGCGUUACUGAAAGUAUUGUUCAUCAUCCUAAAUGCAAAGCUUAAAAAAGUUUCUCUCACAUACUUCUUGUUUUCUCUAUUUUUUAUUUUUUUUUUCAUUUUCUCUUACUAGCUGCUAGGUAGAAAGAAUAUGUAAGGAAGCCCAUAGUUGAUAUGAGCUAUCUUGGCUUACUUAAAUUGAUUGUUCAUUAGUUCAGAAAUGAGCAAGUAACAAACCCACCAGGGUCCUUGUAUAGAAGUAAUUUGCAGGAUCUGGUUAUCUGUGAUAUGAAUGCUUUAUUUUUACAUCUAUUGAAAUGAGUUUCAAAUUCAAAAUUCCCACCAACUUCACUGAUUUUGGAUCAGGCCAUGCUGUGGAGAGGGUAUCAGCCUCUACAUGAUAGCCAUGACAUAUUUAGUAUGAUGAAUUGUAAGGGUCUUGGUUUGCCUUUCACAAAUAAUUGAAUUUAUGGCUUCAAUAAAAAAACCAAAAAACAGUUAGUGUAGUGUGUAGUCAUUAGCACUGUGGAAAAGGAGCCAUUAAGGUUAUGGAAUGUUAGAGGUUUAAAAGGGCAGCUAGAGAAAAACUAAGGGUACUACAGGGUAUGAGUAGCUAAGAAAGCUUCUUUUUCCCCUGUGUUUUUUUUUUUCCCUCUAUUCUCCCCUCUCCUCGCUCCCUCUUUCCCCCACCUCCUGCCCCAGCUCAAAACUCCCCAUUCUCUCCCCUGCCUCCAUGAUUUUUCAUCUUUUCUAGUGGCAAAAGCUUUCAUACAACUGUGUGCAAACCUGUGUGCAAACCACGAUAAUGCUUUAGUUUUGGAAGUGCUGCAUAUGAAUAGCAAAUAGAUACCAGUGCUCGAGGUUCGUGCAAGGUGUUUAGGGAUGACUGGUGAGGUUUUUAAUGCUGUGUGAUAACUGAUGCAAUAUUGAAUGGGAAUGUCUUAAUAAACAGUGGAUGGCUUGAGUGUUGCUGUUCUCCAGAUGUGCUGGUUUGCAUUUGUGGUCAACAAUAAACUGUACAUUUUUCACCUUUCCAUCUCCACAAAUGCUUAUCACUAGCUAACAGCUAGUCUACUUUGUAAAAUGCAUCUAACGUUGAUUUGAGAUGUUCUACCAUUAUUUGUUGUUGUCUAGUACUAGAAAACUUCCACCACACCUUCAGUCCUUCCUCAGUGGAGCCUGGCCAAGUAUGGAUUUUAGUGGUUAUAAAUCUGGUUUUGCUGUGAAGGGAAUUUGAAAUUCCACCACAUAAAACAUGCAUUUUCCUGAUGUCUAGUUAGAAACAUAGAAGGGCAUCUUAGCACUGAUAUCCAGUUGUUUUUCCUUUAAUUUUACUGAGUUUUACCUUGUUUAUCGCAAAUAUUUUGUAUUGCAUGUUAAUUAAAUUUUUGCAUAUUCUAGUAGUACAAAAUUACUUACAAAACUAAAAGGA